AUGAAGAUUUCAAGAGCAAACGUAAAAUCUGGAAGUAAGAGUUCCACAACAGCAAAAAGAGUUGAGCUUGGAGGCAUCAACAGGCCACUCGUGUUCCGGCUCCAUGAUAGUGUACCUUCAUUAGUUCGUGAAAUUUUAUUGGAACGUGGUUGGAUUGAAUAUGAUGAGAAUGAACAAAAUAAUGAAGACUGGAACUUGUAUUGGAGGAAUUGCCCUUUCCGGAUGACAGAACACCAGAGCAUCAAACCAUGGCAGAGGCUCAAUCACCAUCCAGAAACCAUCAGAAUCACUCGGAAAGAUUAUUUGGCAAGACAUCUGAAACGCAUGAAGGGAAUUUAUGGAACCACCCUUUAUGAGUUCAGUCCAGUGGCCUUCAUCAUGCCCAAUGACUAUAUAAAAUUUAUAACUGAGUACUCCAAGGAGAGGCAAAUACCAGGAAAAAAGCUGAGUUACUGGAUCUGCAAACCAGUUGAUAGGUCUCGCGGGAGAGGCAUUCUCAUUUUUCAAGACAUUAAGGAUUUUGUUUAUGACUGCAUGGUAAUUGUGCAAAAAUAUAUCAGUAACCCUUUGCUUAUUUCCGGAUACAAAUGGGACCUUCGUAUUUAUGUUUGUGUUACAAGCUUUUAUCCCCUUACAAUUUAUAUAUAUGAAGAAGGACUGGUGAGGUUUGCAACAGAGAAGUUUGACCUGAGAUCCCUUGACAACAUUUACGCUCACCUGACAAACACAAGCAUCAAUAAGUUUGGGCCAUCAUACAGAAAGGACAAAGAAGUCAUUGGCUCUGGUUGCAAAUGGACUUUUAGCAAAUUGCGGGCCUAUUUACGGAGCUGCAGUGUUGAUGACCUGCUCCUGUGGAAAAGAAUCAACCAUAUAGUCAUUCUAACUUUGUUGGCCAUCACCACUUCAGUACCAUUUACGUCCAACUGCUUUGAACUCUUUGGGUUUGACAUAUUGGUUGAUGAGAAAAUGAAACCCUGGCUUCUCGAAGUAAACCACAGCCCAGGUCUGCGUUUAGACUGUGCCAGUGAUGUCACUGUCAAAAGGAAGCUGCUCCAUGACAUUGUCGACUUGCUGAACUACAAGGAAGCUGAUACUUUAAGAAAAAGCAGAGGGGCCAAUCGGAGGCUUUCGUGCUUCAGCCAGUCACAAUAUUUGCUGACCACUCAGUCAGAGGUCCCACUGGAUUUCCUGGCUUGUGGGAAAGGAACCAAAUCAGCAACAACUUCCCCUUCUCCAUCACGUUUGCAGAUCAAUAAAAGAACACCCACGUAUGGCAGAACGGCUAGUGCAUACCCUCGGAAAACUUUGACUUCACAAUUGCGUGAAAAGAUGCACAUGCCCCAAACACCUAUCCAAUCGAAGCCAUUAUCCAAAAGCAGACUGAUGUUAAGAACUAGUCAUUCGCUAUGUGAGUCUGUGCAGUCCACACAUUGGUUUAACUCACUAGAGUUCUACACCCACAAGCCAACUAUUCCUCCUUAUUUUCUCUCAGAUAAAGACCGACGGCCAUUCCCCCGUGUAGGUGAUUUUAUCCUUAUAUUUCCUUUCAACGAUGCAGCACUUGAAGCAUCUAAGAAUGGGAUGAAUGUCAAAAGUGUAAUACAGGAAAUCCAUAAGUUAAUAAGUAAAGAAUUACAACCAGAACAUCAAAAAUUAAAUAAAGCCUUAGCUAACCAGUAG